GCGGUUCGGCGCAUGCGCAGUGAGCAGCUCGGGCCGGCGCAGUAAGCAGUAAUGGCGGGCAGUAAGAAGAGCGCCCUGCUCUCCUCUUUAGCGGCUUAUGGAGACGAUUCAGAACCGGAGUCUGAGCCCGAGACCGGGGAGCAAGAAGCUCACGGUGGAUUGGUGUCAGCUGGUUACGGUGAUGAUGAGGUCAGCAGGGUGAAAGAUGGCGAAGAGAACGCCUCAGAGAAUGAGGACAGCGAUGAAAACGACAGGAAUUCGGAAGAGGACGAUUCUGAGUCAGGAGAACCCCAAGAUGAAUUAAAGGAGGUGAUUACGGGGGAGAGGAGGGAUCCAAACGAGUUGGUCGCCCAGUUUUCAGAGAAGGUGAGGAACAUGUCUCCUGAAGAGAUUCGGAUUCCUCCAGAACCACCCGGACGUUGCCCUGGCCAUCUGCAGGAGAAGAUCUAUAAGCUGUACGAGCGGAAGCUCCACGGAGAUUUCGACACUAACAGCCACAUUCAGAAGAAGAAGGAAUUCCGUAAUCCGAGUAUUUAUGAGAAGCUGAUCCAGUACUGUGGAAUCGAUGAGCUUGGCACCAACUACCCAAAAGACAUGUUUGACUCCCAUGGCUGGUCUGAGGAUUCGUAUUACGAAUCAUUAGCUAAAGCACAGAAGGUGGAGAUGGAAAAACUUGAAAAAGCUAAAAAAGAAAGGACUAAGAUUGAGUUCGUAACGGGUACAAAGAAAGGUACAACUACGAGCACAGCUGCAGUCACCACCAGCACCACCACCGCCACGUCAACAGCAGAGGCCCAGAAGAGGAAGAGUAAGUGGGACUCGGCGGUUCCAGUAACUUUGGCCCAGCCAGCUCUACUCACAACGACAGCAACUCUCCCUGGCGUCGUAUCGGUCACCACCACAGCCAGUGGCACCAAGACCACAGUCAUCUCCGCCGUGGGCACCAUUCUGAAAAAGGCCAAGCAGUGACACACCUGGAGGUCACCUGAAUUCAGAGAUGUCCCCAUCAAAAGACAUUCUGGACUAUUUUUAAAAAGCCCCACCAGGAACUGUUCACUCUCCGGCGGCCAACGACCACAGACUGACUGCAGACGACCCGCCCUGUCCCAGCCCUUGCCCUUGAAACAACGUCUGUGUGUUAUUUUACAGUACUUUAGUCUGUCAUUUUUCGCCACAUUGUUUAUUAAUGCCGGGACUGUGUUUAAUUCUUUCAAGCCCAUUUUAUCUGUAUAUGUUUGUUUUUUUAUAGACUGCUUCAGAAAGUAAAAUUAUGCAAAUAACUCAGAAACCAACUCAGUUUCCUUUUGUGUUCCUGCCUUGAAGUCAAUUUUUUUUUCCAGUUUUCAGAUGUCUUGGAUAUUGGAUAUUAAUGUGUUCAUAUUGAGCCGAGUCAACGCUAUGUUUUUCCCCCAUACCCCCCACCCCCAAGACUGUUAGAAAUAAAUGUUUUGUAUUGUUGUGUAAA